AUGGCGGGCGGAAACAGCCGCGGACAUUACAACAACAUGUCGUCGCACGAGUUCACCACUCCGCCAGAUGAGAUAGCACCCAUGCUCCCGGAGGAGGGCUUCCAGCAAUCUACAGUGAUAGCUGGUCUUAUGCCGGAUAGCUUUGGCGAAAUGUUCAACUUUCUUGACGGAGACAGCUUCGGGAUUGGACCCAUGCACGAAUUCGUAUAUGGUUGGCAAGCCAUAGUUAAUACUAUGAGUAUGAAAAAUAAUGUUGAAGUACGGAAACGAGCUGGGCUCCAGCGGUUCGCCUUGGCAGGAAUAAACGGAAUUACACUAGUGUCCCAUAUUGGUGCAACAGAAAUAAUGAUCAAUUCAACAAGGACGUACUGCUUCGGGGGCGUAUCACGACCGCCGGGCCGUAGAAGUGUCAUUUGCAAGGGAGCUAUGUACCAAGAAGCCCGUUUCACGUGUAAAAUGCCAUAUCUCCGAUAUCCAACAGUUCUGGGAUACAGAUACUGUAUUGAAAAAUAUGCUGCAGUCAAUUCACUAGAUGGGACAUAUAAGACUACUUAUUGCGCACGAGGCGAAUCAAUUCCCAAGUUCCACUACGACUAUAUUUGCGAAAGAAGAGAUAUUAAAAUCAAACAUGUUAAUCUUUCGGAUCCUAAUGAGAGAUUCAACAUUAGAAACCCAGUUGUGCGAAGAGCGGAGUAUUACAGAGCACCUUAUGAUAUACUUAAAGCUUGCCCAGAUUGGUACGGAUGCAAUCUACGGAUAGCUCCUGAAGUAUUGCAUCAAGAAUUACCUACUGCUUUGAUGGACGCUAAUGAGACUGCUUUUGUCGGGCACGGGGGAAAAUACUGGCUUUCACUUUAUUACACUCAGCUUUCCACGUACGCGAUUUAUUUCCAAGCACAUGGCGAAUAUCCUUGGCAGUCGAACAGACCAGUUGUAUCAAUUGACAAAGGUGGUAUAUGGGAACAAUUGCUUAAAGCUAAUAUCGGUCCGGAUAUGAAUCUACAUUACAACUUAAAUGGUAUUUACAACAGAUACCCAUCUUCCGCGGCUUUGCCUGAUCUAAUGAGAAAUGAAGGACAAGUACAGCCAUCUAACUUCAGGACUGACACUCGCGAUACAGGCUCUGAAGAUAUUGGUGUUGGUGGUCAGCACUUGUCAGCCGAUCCCAUGGGUGGAAUGGAACCUUCUGGCAGUUACAAAUUUACACACGAUUCUCAAAUUGCGGCGUCUUUUGAACAUGGGAAAAAUUACAGUUAA